AUGAUUACCAUCACCCGUGGCUUUGCCAGAGCCACUAUCUCGCAACGGCGCCUUGCAGGUUCCUCGUCCAAGCCGCCUCGGAGAACGCCCAAGGCAGGGCCUCCCCCCCCUCCCGCUGCGCCGAGGCCCUCACCGCGCGUUUCCAGACCGUAUAAGCCUCACAAGCCAAAUGUUGCACUCCCGGCCCCGUCGUCGGCUUCCAAAAGCCAGGGAGACACGCUUCAAUCCAUCUGGCGGCGCUCGUGGCUGCCCCUCAGCGGCGCAGCCCUUCUCGCCGGCUUCCUCGGCUUGUACAUUGUCGGCACGGCCGCCGCCUCCGCGAGGCCGCGCCCCUGCUGCGACGGAUCCCGCGAGCACGCCAAACCGACCGGUCGCCCCCCGGCCCUGACGGGCGACAAUGCCGAGCAGUUUGACAAGGAGCUGGACUGGCCCGAGUGGUGGAUGGGAAUCACGGCGCUGCGCAAGAGACUGGCCGCUCGGGCGAGAGGAAACGUCCUCGAGCUUGCCGUGGGCACGGGCCGAAACCUCGAGUACUACGACUGGCGGGGGCUGGGCCAGGCCCCCUCGUCGGCCGCGUCAGGCGUGACGUCCUUUACGGGCCUGGACAUAUCCGACGAUAUGCUUGGCGUUGCACGGAAUCGGCUCGUCAAGACCGUUGCGCCAAUCAGAGACUCGGAGCCCGUCGCGGAGCGCCCCAGCGUGGUCGACGACGCCGGCGGCCAAGCCUCCUUUGUGAACAAUCGUGUCCGGCUCGUCCGUUCCGACGCCCACGACCCGAUCCCACCGGUGGCCGCAGCGGCCAAGUCGCCCGCGCGUGCGACGUACGAUACAAUCGUGCAGACCUUUGGGCUCUGCUCUGUAUCGGAUCCUGUGGCUGUCUUGUGUAACUUGGCAUCAGCUGUCAAACCCGACUCCGGCCGCAUCCUCCUGCUUGAGCACGGCAAAGGGUGGUACGGAAUAGUCAACGGUUUGCUGGACAAGAAUGCCGCCAAGCAUUUUGCCAAGUAUGGGUGUUGGUGGAACCGAGACGUGGAGGCGCUUGUCCAAGAAGCAGUGAAGAGAACACCAGGGUUGGAAGUGGUGCGGCUGGACCGGCCCAACGUCUUGCAGAUGGGCACUCUUGUCUGGGUAGAGCUGCGGAUGAGGCCAAAAGCUGCCUGA